CAUCUAUUUUAAUCAACACAUUUAAACGUUGUCAAACAAAUAUAAUAUAAAAGCAGAUCAUGUAUUGAGGUGUGCAAAGAAUGGAAGUACAAAAGGAUGAUACGCAGGGCAAUGGAAAUGCCAACACACAAAAUGUAACAAACUGCUCACCAGCCGCAGCAGUAAUGUCGUUCAUUCAAAAUGCAGCGUAUAUGCUGCUAGGAGAAGAUGAAGAAACAGUGGUUACCACUGGAAAAAAAGAUAAGAAGAACAAAACACACAAAGUAGUGUUCUCAAAAAGAUUCAUCAGAGUAACGUCGAUAUUCGGGGUACUCAUCCUUAGUCUAUUCAUUGCAGGAUUAAUAAAAAUCCUUGGUAUAGGACCAGCACCGAAAUUACCAGGAUUCACGUAUGUGAACGUAUCAAGGGUCUCAGUACUUAAAGCUUCAAUGGCACAAAGAGGACCAAGAAUAGUAUACUGCACCAAUGUUAAAAUGCCACCCGAAACAUUCCGAAUCGCAUCACUCGCAGUAAAAUCAUUGCCAACAUGGAUUAAUCGCUUCGCACUCGACUGUAGUGCUAAAUUGCCGUCCGGAAGAACGGCUUACCAAAGAUUUGAACUGGAUCCAACGUCCACAAUCAUGUUUGUACAAGCACACGGUAAAAAAGCAGUACCACUCACGGAAUACAUUAUCAAAAACCCACAGCAAUUCUUUCAGAGGGUAGUAAAUACAGCAACGUACGCACUCAAAAGAGUAGAUGAUGUUGAGGCAUUCAACAAGAACGUCAAGGAACAUAAACUAGUAGUGGUUACCGAUGCACGCAGACUUAACCCUUAUAACCCAGAUCAUACAGUGACAAUAUCUAGGGUGAUUGACACGAACAGACUCUAUGAUAUGACCACAUGGAUAGUCAAUGACACAGUGCAUGAGCUCAAUUUUAUCGAUGAAGAAGUCUCAAAGGGACAUGGAUUCACCAUGCACUGCAUAGUGCCAUACAGAGGGAAAUAUAUACUGGGGACUAGCACAGUACCGCCCUUCGGGAAAGCAAUGGAAACAUUCAUAAGGCAGUGUGCCAAAGUAGUACAACCUAGCCGAGAUUUUAGAAUUAUCGAACAUAUGCCGCAAUUGGAAGUGAAAACCGCCAAGACUAACACAAAACAACAAGAGAAACAUGAAGAAAAACAUGAGCAUAAAAAAGAAGAAGAUGAAGAAGAAGUCUUGCAACUCUAGGCCAGAACUUUAUCCGUAAUAGCGGAUAAAGACUCCACGUCCUCGUCCCACUUAACAACCGAGACGAACUUGUAACGAACU